AUGAUUCGCCACGACACACUGGAAGCCAGCACCGGUGAGGUCGCAGUCCCGGACGUGGAGGGCCCGGUGCUCCGCCAGCUGGUCGCCUACCUCUACACCCUCCAGGCCCCUCAGCUGCCCAGCCUGGCCCCCCAGAUGCUGGUAGCCGCUGAUAAAUACGGCGUGUCGGCCCUGAAGGCUCGGUGCGAGCAGCUCGUGGCAGCUCAGCUGUCCGUCGAGACUGCGGCGGCCGCAGCUGUUGUGGCGAUCAGGCACUCCUGCACCAGCCUCAGGCAGGCCGCCGUUAACUUCAUAAAGGCCAACGCCUUCCAGGUUAUGACCACACAGGGCUGGGCUGACGCAGUGCGCACUCAGCCUGAAGACAUCGUCACACUGGGUCAGCUGCUCGCGGAUCCUUCAGCAGAAACAAGCGCGCCGGCCUCUACAGACAGCAGUGGGCCGCAGGGAGACCGCGGCCGCACCCCUGCCACUGCUGCGCCGCCCACGGCCAGCCGCACCGCUCCUCCGCCAGAUGACUCUGCCGUCUCUCGCCUGCGGAGCCUUCCUGAAAAGGAGAAGAACAGCAGGCUGAUGCAGGCUGCGAAGGAGGAGGAUUCAGUCGGCGAGCUGCAGACACUGCUGGCAGCUGGUGCGGAUGUCAGGGCGAGGGAUGAGGACGAAGACAGGUGGACCACUCUCCACUGGGCAGCAAACAAGGGGCACCUGAAGGCAGCGAGGUGCCUGGUGGAGGGUGGAGCAGAGGUGAACGCCAGGUGCAGCAGCUGGCAGAGCACACCCCUGCACAAGGCUGCAUACAGUGGCCACGAGGCUGUGGUGCGGCUUCUGCUGGAGGCAGGGGCGGAGGCUGAUGCCAGGAACAAAACGCAGAGUACGCCCUUGCAUGUGGCUGCAUAUCAUGGCCACGAGACUGUGGUGCGGCUGCUGCUGGCGGCCACUCCUUACCACAGCGCCAGGAAUCAGUGGGGGGACACGCCGUUGCAUAAUGCGGCUGAGAACGGCCACGCAGAGGCGGCUUCUGCACUGCUCGAGGCUGGAGCCGACCGUCUGGCCAGGAAUAACGACGGGGAAACACCACUGGACCUCGCCAGGCAGAACAACCACCAGCAGCUGACAGACAUGCUAAUGUGAAGCUAGCAAUCCGACAGACAUCCUUGGAGUAAAACGAAAAGAACUCCAUGACUUUUGUUCAUUAUUGAAAUAUAGAAUGUGAUAAAUUUAAA